AGAGAUGGCACUAGUUACCCCGAUCUCCCGUGUCAACCUAAUGUAGCUUUAUAUACUGGCACGAUCCCCCCAUUCUCGUCCAAGUGUCCUUUCGCAUCCAAGCCUCUCCGAGUCCGUCGUAUUCAACGUAAUCUGCUGUGUUUGACCACUUCCCAUAUCCUCAAUACUAUCCUCCAUCAAACCAACGGCCCUUGACCGUGUCGAGACUCAAGUCACCAUGGCGGUAACGGGCCUCGUCCACCACUUUGGCACCUUUAUGCUGUUCUCGGCAGUCAUUCUCCUCGUCAUCACAAACAUCACCGCCCCCGUCGUCCACAACAUCUCCCUCCUAAGGAUCGACCUCAACGAUGCUCAGGGCCAGCACAAUCCCGCCUUGACCUUUGGCACCUUUGGCCACUGCUUCGUCGAUGCCCCGGGAGGCGAUGACUGCUCCCCCUCCAUGGUCGGAUACGACCCCGCCGAGGUCAUCAACGAGCGGACGGGGCUGAACUACUACUCUACCGCCGCCGGCACCGCCCGCGCCCUGACGCGCGUCAUGAUCCUGCACCCCAUCGCCGCCGGCGUCGCCUUCAUCGCCUUCGCCCUGUCCCUGGGCGCCGGCACCUUUGGCAGCCUGCUGGCCUCCCUGGCGGCCCUGCUCGCCUUCUUCGUCACCCUGGUCCCGCUCGUCACCGACUUUGUCAUGUUUGGCAUCAUCCGCUCCGGCAUCAACGACAACCGCAACGUCGACGCCCGCGCCCAGUUCGGCACCGGCCUGUGGACCCUGCUCGCGGCCGCGGUGCUGCUGCUCGUCGGCACCGUCAUCGUCUUCUUCACCUGCUGCUCCGCCCGCAUCCACCGCCGCCGCGACGCCCGCGUCACAAAGGCCGUCGACGGCUACGCCCCUGCCGAGGCUCCCCGUCGCCGCAAGUGGUUCUAGGCGCCCCUGUGAUGAAAUCAGGGUUUGCUUUCUUCUAAAAUCUUUGGCCACCCUUUAGUGCAUGCCGUGGUUGUUUCAUCAUCCACCAACAGCACCUCGCUUUACACCUAAUGCUAUCAACUUCCCCAAGAUAUCCCAACGACCCAAGACACCCGCAAACGAAUACUGUAGAAUAAAUACCCCCCCAAACGCCGCGACAGGCAGUAACUUGUAUCAAAAUACAUGAUGCAAAUACCACACUACUUCCUCUAUAG